CCUGGAUCAUGCCGUCGGAUGCCAAAGAGAGCAAGGAUUCUGAUGUUGGUUGGGAAGCCAAGCGAGGUCGAGCUGCUUUCGAUGUAGAUGAUGAGACGGUAUUAGCAGACGACGCCAAGAAGCCACCGGUACGUGCAAGUAUUGGUUGGGGUAAUGAGACGACACUGGCCAGUGAGAGCAAGGAAGGUGGCGGCACUCCAGACCCCGAAUCUGCUGCCACUGGGUCCAGCACAAGCGAGACGAAGCGCGGAGGCCGACGUCGCAAGGGAUCCGAAGCUCCGGCUUCCGGAGGUGAGAGACGCAACCAGAAGAACCGGUAUUUCGAAGAGGACGAUGAGACUACCGAUAUCAUGGAGAUCCCGGACUUAGAGGAAGAAGAGCGCGAGCAGGAUAUCACGACUAUGGUUGCUGAGGCUCCUCGCAACACGACCCGAGCCGUGCAGAGCUUGAAGCAGCUCGACAAAGAGAUCAAGUUCGCUCUUCCAAGUGCACAGACCCACGGCGUCGACUUGCAUCUCUUAACCAGCGGUCUUUGUCCAGAACGUGCUGUAUCGGAAGACGACGAGCCUUGGGACUUUGACACUCUUCUUAACGAUAUCGCGCAGGAGAUUCAGAAAGACUUGGACGACAAGGAAGAGUUCGUACGUCUCGGCUCUCAAGAUUCGCUCCAUCCAUAGUAAA